AUGAAGGUCCCCGAGACGCCCGAGAAGGAGCCCGAAAAACCACAAGCCACCGCCGAGCCGCGUCACGAAGAGCCCAAGGAGGCCACUGCGCCGCCGGUGGAGGAGAGAACACCUACGGAGCCGUCCAAGGAAUUGCCAAAUGCCAAGUACUCACCAGAUAUGGUCUUGGAAUGCGUCGGUGCUGUGCUGAUGCGACAGCAAGAGGACUUGGAAAGCCCACAGGUGGCCCGACUGGCUGCUGGAUCCCUGGUCAAGGUCGUAGAGCUUGGCUCUGGUCCCAGUGGCAAGCGCAUCAAGAUCCUUGCAGCCAGCAGUGAGGAAGGC